ACCAUGGGUCCGAGUAUUUCGGCGCCCGUUAAGUCCCGACCCCAGCGCCACAGGCUGGCGCGACGCCAUGGGAGCGCCCUGGCUGGCCAAGCUCAUCAGCGGCGGCAUGUUGCUCACCUUCCUGAAGUCCCACGGCCCCUCGACCCGGAACACCCUGGUGGAGGCCGACCUGGGCGAGAUCAACAUCCAGCUGAAGGAGCAGGCCAAGGCCAAGGGCGUCAAGGCCAUCUUCCCGAUGCAAGGCAACUUCGAGGACAAGCAGAACGAGUUCGAGAGCAUCGUCAAACCGAUCCUGGUGAAGGAUGGCGCUAAUCAGAUCGACAAGGUGGUGCAGACCAGCUCCGAGGACAUGCAGAAGAAGCUCGAGAGCAUCGCCAACACGAUCGUGAUGAAGGCCGAUGGCAAGGAACCGAUCCUGGUGAAGGGUGGUGGCAACCAGAUUGACAAGGCGGUGCAGACCAGCUCCGAGGACAAGCAAAUGGAGUUAGAGAGCAUCGCCAAACCGAUCGUGACGAAGGACGGGGGCAAGGAGAUCGAGACGGCGGUGCAGGCCAGCUCCGAGGACCAGCAGAAGGAGUUCGAGAGCAUCGUCAACCCGAUCAUGAUGAAGAUCGAGACGGCGAUGCAGGCCAACUCCGUGGACAAGCAGAUGGAGUUCGAGGGCAUCGUCAAACCGAUCGUGACGAAGGACGGGGGCAAGGAUAUCGAGACGGCGGUGCAGGCCAGCUCCGAGGACCAGCAGAAGGAGUUCGAGAGCAUCGUCAACCCGAUCAUGAUGAAGAUCGAGACGGCGAUGCGGGUCAGCUCCGUGGACAAGCAGAAGGAGCUUGAGAGCAUCGUCAAUCCGACCCUGAUGAAGGUGGGCGUGCAGUCCCACGUGCGCCCUCUUGUUCAAGACAUGGAUCGAGGUGUCGGAGUCGUCCUCGCGCGGCGUCGCGAAGCAGCUGUAUUCCAGAACUGCGGCGCCCAUCGUGAGGCGCGCGCUGGAGUAGCCCCUACGCUCUCGGCGCAAGGUCUGCCGAAGUUGCGGGAGAGGGCACGUUGGCAUUGCUGUGGCAUUGCUGAACCCUCUUCGGCUGCGGAGGAGUCGGACGUAUGACUGUGCGUAGUAGCGGCCAGGGAGUAGUCGCUGCGUUUUCGGGCUUCGUGGGCUGAGUAGCCACCGCGAUCCGCGGCAGAUCUGUUGCAGCCAGCUUUGCCGCUCUCCGUCUUUCCCCGCUCUCUCCGCCUGUCCUGUUCCCCCUC